AUGGACCCCCUAACAACCAGCGCCGAGGAAGGGACCAGUUCGCCCAUGCAGGAUGCUCCUACGAGUCCUAUUCGGGAGAUCUUCUCUGUACUUAUCGAGGAAGAGCUCGAAAGGGUGGUAGACCAGUAUGCUAUCAGCGUGAAGAAACACGCAUCACAAGUCUCGGCGGAAACGGUGGUAGGCAUGGCGGCAAGUGCGAUGUGGGACAUCUACAAGGGGCUAGAGCUGGGAAGACUUAUGGAUAAAUUACUACCAGAUGUUCUCGGAAAGGUAGAAGUUAUUGAAGGCGAUGGCGGUGUUGGCACCAUUGUUAAGCUUACAUUUCCUACAGGAACUCCUGGAGCUGGUUAUAUAAAGGAAAUAUUCAAAAAGAUUGAUGAAGAGAAGCGAGUGAGGGAAACAGAAAUGAUUGAAGGAGGGUUUAAAGUACUUGGAUUUGAAUCCUAUAUAAUUCGGCUGGAAAUUAUUGAGAAAGGUGGUGAAUCAAGUAUUAUUAAAUCUUCAAUUGAGUAUGAGGUCGAUGAUAAAUUAGCCAAUCUUGCUUCUGAAGUUACCACCAGGCCUCUGGAAAUAAUGGCAGAAGCCAUUGGGAAAUACCUCAGCAACCAGAAAGCCUCUGCGUAG